AUAAAGUCUAUGAACUUGAGUGUAUAAUGAGCGAAAAAGAUGAAAAAACUGAAACCUCCAUUAAGUCGGAUAUGUCUGAAAUAAAUGUUUUGUUGCAAAAGUCAAAAAUGGCUGAUUUGAGAGAUGCUCAACGUGGACAGCAUACUUCCAUCAUGACGUCAUUGUUCUCAAAUUUGUGGAGCUACUGCGGAACAUGGUCUUCAUUAGUAUCUGAAGAUUAUCUAUCGAAAAUUGAAACUAGUGCAUUUUCAUCAGCGACAGUGGCUACAACAAUUCUUUGUACAUCUGGAGGCGCUCCGACUCUGCCAGCUUGGAAGUUAAACUUGCUACCGGAUGCAAGUAUUCUAUCUACAAAAUCAGUUCCUAUGUUGCUCUGGGAUGUUGAUGCAGCUAACACAAGUACACAUUCAAUGGGCUUAAAGAAGCAAGAAUUCACUGGCUUAGCUAUUUCAACUAAGUCUACAAUUUACAUUCGAGACAGCGAUGAUAUAAUCUUAUGCGCUGAGCCCCUAUUGAUUGACCCGAAGCUUGUAACUAAUUUGGAUUUUAAAUUUUCCCAAAUAACAAGUCAAAUUAUAUCACCAACCAAAGGACCGUUUGAUACAGAAAAUGUUGGUAUUGAAGAAAUUAAAUCCUCGUCUUCGAAUCAACCUGCAUCAACAUUUCCAACUCCAGUGAAGCUGAAUCCUGCAAUAGCUCGUAUUAUGGGAAAAUCGAGAACUCCGAAUAAAUUGAUGAGAAAAUGUAAAAAGGACGCAGAAAAUCAGCGAACAUUAGCCAAAAUGGAGCAAAGCCUUCAGCCGCCUUCAAACUUUUUAGCAAAUGACUAUUUAGUACGAGAAUCUGAACGUGCUGCACAUCAACAAGAAGCUUCUUCUUCUACAUCUCAAUUCAGUUUGGAUGGGACAAAGAUCAUCAAUUCUCCUAAAACUCCGUUCUCCGUGAACGGUGUCGGAAGCUUGCCGUUUGAAGAAGGCAUUGUCUUGAAGGCUCCCCAAAAUAGUCCGGCAAAAGAACACGAAAUUUUGGAAGGAGAACAACAAAUCAGCAAGGUUUUUGUAUCUCAACCAAGGGUGGAGAAUUUAAGCGUUAUGGAGCACACUGGGAAGGAGUCGCUUUUAAAUGAAAACAUUAAUAGCUCAAUUGAAGAUACUACAAAAAUCAGCUCUACCGAAGAUGUUGGAAUAACAGUUUUGUGUGUACCACACCAGGAAUUGAUACCGCCUUUGGAAUUGUCCGAAACGAGCAAGUGCCAAGUUCAUAAGCAAGGAAACAAAAAAGUGUUGGAAAAUGUCUUGCAGCCAGAAUUGAAAACUCCAGUUACAUUUUCUAAAGACUCUGUGAAAAGAGAAGUUUUGAAGGCGCCACUGGAAAUAAGCCCAGCCAGGGGAGAUGAAAUUGCAGCCGCCGAAAAGCGAAUGAAGGAGUAUUUGGAGAAGAAAAAUCUCUUGUCACGGAUGUUGCCUACUCAAGUUCAAUCAACAACAGCUAGUUUGAAUAAGAAAACCGGCACUUUUGCUGCAUAUGAAAAUCAAGCACAAGAAUAUAAAUCAGAACAAGCUGAGUGUUCAAAACUCACGAAUACUUCUCAUAGCAGCUCGCCACUUAGAACGUUCUCAUUUGAGAACAAAAUGGACAUCAGCCCAGCAAGAGAAAAUGAAAUAGCGGCUGCAGAGAAGAGAAUGAAGGACUAUCUGGAGAAGAAGAAUCUUGUGUCACCGCUAGUACCAGCUUAUGCUACUCAAGCUCAACCAACAAUAGUUAGCAUUAUUGAGAAAACCGCCGCUUUUGGUCUUCCGAGCGGGAUCGAGUUUGCUAGUGAGCGUGGAGUUAUUUGCACUCAAGACAGUGAAGCAUAUUUUGAUUGUGCAAAAGUUCCAACACCAGUGAAACUUUCAGAAAACAGCUCUUUACUGAAAACGCAUAUGUCCAAGAGCAAAAUGGAAAUCAGCCCAGCCAGAGGAGAUGAAAUAGCAGCCGCCGAGAGGAGAAUGAAAGAAUAUCUUCAGAAGAAGAACAUUUCGUCGCCACUAGUUCCAGCUUUUCAAGCUCAGCCAACAGCAGCUAAUUUAAAUGAGAAAACCGUCACGUUUGGUGUGACUGAAGGAUUUGAUCUCGUUGAUGGACGUGCAGUUGUUGGCCCUGAAACCCACCCUCAAGAAUAUAAAACUCGACAAAUUGGAAGUUCAACUGUUUCAACAUCAAUUGAAAGUAGCUCACCUAUGAAAACGUCAUUGUUUGAGAACAAAAUGGAAAUCAGCCCAGCAAGAGGAGACGAAAUAGCGGCUGCAGAGAAGAGAAUGAAGGAGUAUCUGGAGAAGAAGAAACUUUUAGCACCACUAGUGCCAACUUUCGCUUCUCAAGCUCAACCAACAAUAGUUAGCAUUAUUGAGAAAACCGACGCUUUUAGUCUUCCGAGAGGGAUCGAGAUUGCUAAUGCAGAAGUUUCAACACCAGUAAAACUUUCAGAAAUCAGCUCUUUACUGAGACCGUACUGUUCCGAGAGAAAAAUGCAAAUCGAGUCAGGUGAAGGAUAUCAAAUCGUCACAGCUCAAAAACCAACAACUGAAGAUUUAGAAAACAAUUAUGUUGGCUCGCAACUGAUGUCAUUGCCAACUUCUCAAGCUUGCUCAACUUCAUCAAGAAUAUGUACAACUAGGAAAACAUUUUCAUCUGAUACUUCAACAAGGAUUUAUCCUACAACACUUGAACAUUUACCGGCAAAUUCAAAAUCAGUUCAAGUGCCCGUGACAAAGGACAAUCAUGUAUUGGUGGUUUCUAGUAAAACAACUUCUACAGUGAGGUCCAGUUUUUCUGAGCAAGAAAAUGAUGAAAACAAAGAAAACCAACAUGAUCCAAAGUUGCUCUCGCUUGCUCGAACUCCCCUUGCUCUAUCAAAAUUUGAUUCUUCUAGAGAAAAAACGGCAUCGAAGCCACUGGAAAUCAGUCCAGCAAGAUCAGAUGAAAUUGCGAUGGCCGAAAAACGAAUGAAAGAGUAUCUAGAAAAGAAGAAAUGUUUGGUGAAACCAGUUUCCAUUGUUCCGUCAACUUCUACAAAUGCCACUUCCAAACCAGUAUCUGCCGAGGAAAACAAUAUUAAAUUAGGAUCGACGGGAAAAUCAACCACAUUGCAUAUUUCUUCUCAAAAUCUGCAAUCGAGUCAUACAACUGAUUGUGUUGUGAACCAUAGAAAUCCAAGUGAAUACAACAAUGGCGGCACAAAAGGAAUGUCCCUAUCACAAACACUUCCGCAAACCCCAAUAGCUUUGUCAAGCGUUGUUGAAUCAGUUGAAGUGAUUUCGUGCAAAGUUUCAACGGAAAUAAGUCCAGCAAAAGCGGAUGAACUUGUGGCUGCUGAAAAGCGAAUGAAGGAGUUUUUGGAAAAGAAGAAGAAUGCAAAACAGCGAUUCCCUAUUCCAAAAGCUGUCAAUUCUUCAGGGAACUCAACUCGCUCCAUUGUCAUAGAGGAAACUAACACUGUCAAGACGGAACUAAAUGCUCGAAAAGCAGCUGAAAUCAACUUACAAAUAACAAAACCUCCGAUUUCAACGAUACCAGUGGUUCAACCAAGUACACCUUCAUCAACAAGAAAAAUCUUGGUGUCAAAUGUUAAAUUGCCUGCCAUUCUUCAAAGCAAAGAUGAAUAUAUUGCGAGUCAAAAGCUUAUGCAAGAUUUACGGGAGAAAACUCAGAAUUUAGCAAAGCAGUUGUCAAUUAUAUCAGCUCAAGCUUCGAGAAAAUCUAGUGAUGAAGUCAUACACGGGAAAACCGGCGAAAUGGAAAAACGGAGGCAAACCUAUGGCACAAUACCAUCUCAAAUAAUUCCAACGUCUUCACAAAUAUCAAACACCAGUUCUAAAGUUAGUUCGCUCGUAUCUCAUGGCCGGACUAAAUUGAAGAAUACCACAACUACAAAGAUUCCUUCCGGAGUAAAUAAAAACGGUUUACAUGCGAACACCUGCCGGGAUCCAACUUUUCAACGUUCAAAUCACAAGGCAAGAGAUUUGAAACCAAGUGACGGGAAAUGGCUAGAACGAAAUAUGGCACAGUUGUUUGGGCGAUACGUGCCGCUGAAACAGUCUUCUCAUAACUCAACGAGCGGAGUAGUAGAAUGUUCAAAUGAGAAAAGCGAUAUUGCGCCGGUGGAUGCCUGUACCAGUUCAAAUCCGGAAACUGAAAAACCAUCGGAUGGUUCUGGAUUUCGAAUUAUAUCGAUAUUCGAUCACUCUACUAAAACUAUUCAUUUUCCAUUGUGAAGGGUUUUGGAUAUCAUUACAUCUGUUCCGGUUGUCAUUUUCCAUUUAUUUUCCAAAAUACGGUUAUAUUUUAUGGGUUUCUCAUGUCAGUGAUAACUUGUUUCGUAUAUUAUAACGAAUGUUUGUUUGAUUUUAAAUACAAAUCCCCUAAAUCGGUUUAUUGAUUUUUUUAGAUGUAUAUUUCAAACUUUUAGACCAAGAACACUGUGCUGUUAUUUUUGCUAUAAAUCCUUGAUUCCUAAC